AUGCAACUCCUAUCCACCCUCGCCCUCCUCACUUUGGCCAGCACCGCCUUCUCCCUCCCAAACCCCACCAAACCCUGCAAAUCCAGCACCACAAAGAAGCCCUCCCGCUGCACCACAACCUACACCGUCACAACCAGCUACCCACCCCGUGGUGUCAAAUACACGACCACCGUCUACACCGAACUCAUCGCCGUGCCCCGCGAUCUCCCAUGCAACGGCUGUACUUUGAAAAUUGUUACGAAGACGAUCAAUUCUUCUAGGAAGCCGGAUGCUACUGUUACCGCUACUACCGCGGGAUUGUUGCAGCCACCUAUUUGCUUCGAUUUCCCAACUGUUUAA